UUUUUGUUCAAAAGUAGUGGCGGUGCCUACAGUAAUGUGCCCAGACACAUCGAGUUGAAAUAGCGUCGUAUGAAAACAAUUUCCCGUGUGUAAUUUUUAGAUGGAAGACAUGCUAAAAUAGACAUUUUAUACAGAGAAUAUGUAGAUCUAGAUCUUGUUAUUAGAUAUAGAAUAUAAGAGUUUCAAAGAUGGAGUGAGUAGAAACAGCAGAUUGUAUGUGUAAAGACUUAAACACAACACCGUUUUAACAUUUAAGUCUUUACAGAAAGAUGUCAAGAAAAUCUAAGAGUUUUAAUUUACCGUUAAAGAACAUUACAACCUCUCUGAAUUCUAGCACAAUGUCCUACACUAAUGAAUCAGGAUUCUCAAGCUUGACAAAUUCUCCUAUGUCUAAUCUUGCUUUUAACCUUAGCGAGCUGUCAACUGGAAAAGCAACUCCAAGACUGAGAAGAAAAUUGUCAUUAAAUUGUGUGGAUACUCCGCCUAGUGACGUGAAAGCUUCUUCAGCAGAAUCAGGUUCUUUUCCUGAUUCCCCUCUGGGCGACUCGCCAACACUUGAGAGUUUGAGCAUCAGGCGGUACACUUCGACUUAUCACCCUGACAUUCCACUUGAAGCCAUUUCUAUCAAGAAGAAGACUAUAGCAUUCAGACGAUUUAGUUCAGAACCACUUCCAGCGCUACGACUAGACAGCCCAACUGACUUUUUAGACAAAGAUGACCAUGGCAAUGAUGAAAAUGUUAGUCAAGAACAGUAUGAUAGUCUCAGUGAAUACAGGAACCCAGUUUUUUCAGAUGAAACUAUGUCACAGGAUAGUGGACUUGGAUUUGAUACUGAUAAGAGAUGCUCUGUAUCCAGUUUUGAAGAUGUAUCUUCCUGUCUGUCUUCACCUCCUAGGAAGUUAGGUUCAGCUUCAAGUUUUGAUGAUGGAGCAUCUACAUCCUCUUCUACAUCUUCUCUGAAUCAGUUGGAUGCUCUGCCAUCAUUGGAGGAUCUUUGGAAUGACUCUCCUAGUUUUAAAGCCCCUAAAGGUAAGCCACCCAAACGUUCCAGAAGUCUGACAGAAGACAAACACUUCAGUGAGGACACCUGUUCACCCAUCAAGUACUCUCCAGUUAAAUCCCCAUCACAGACUGAGCCAUCAUUUGCUAAGGCUUUAUUUACAAAGGAAAAGGAGGGAUCAAGUGAAUCCAUGGAAGAAGAUACAAAGUUAAAGUCAGAUGAUGGUUUUCAAGAAAUAUUUGAGUUUGAAGAUUUGAAAAGUGAGGCCAAUGAUCAAGUACCAUCUCUGAUCAGUGCGACACUCUUAUACAGACCAUCCAAACUCAAGGAGCGACCAUCUGAGGAUACCCAGAUGGUUUGUACAAGUGUUAAUUUAUUCACAGAUGCAUUCCAAAGUGAUACUCCUUCUAGUCGUCCAAUAAUUAGCAGGCGAGGUUUGAAUAGGUCGCAAUCAUUGGAUAUUAGACCUCGUCCUUCUUUUAAGCGUGUGGACCCCCCUAAUGAUGGAGCUACACCUGUUCAAAGUAAACGUUUUAGAGGUGAAACUGACACAACCUUUCGGACAGAAGACAAAGAAGAAACCAAUCAAUCUUUGGUUCCAUGUGCCAGAAGACUACAUAGAUGUCACUCGGAGACUGAAGCUAUGAUCAAAUCUGCAGUGUCUCGAAUGUACUUGGAACCAAACCUCAUUGGAGACUGCUCUAAACCUUAUUGCUUACCAACAGUCAAGGGCGGCAAACAUGAAGAUCUCAAGUCCAUCACUCCUGAAACGUUAAUGAGGCUGUUAGUGAAUGAGUUUGCUGAGGAAGUGGGAGAAUUCCACAUAAUAGAUUGUCGUUACCCCUAUGAAUAUGAAGGAGGUCACAUUCGUAAUGCUGUAAAUAUCUACACCAAAGAUGCUGUGGUUGAAAAGUAUCUCAAAACACCUAAAACUGCUAAAGAUUCACAAAAAAGAAUGAUUCUUAUUUUCCACUGUGAGUUCUCUUCAGAGAGAGGCCCAAGGCUAUUCAGGUUUCUAAGAAGUCAAGAUCGUGAAUCUAAUAAAGAAUGUUAUCCCUAUCUUCAUUACCCUGAAAUCUAUUUACUGGAAGGUGGAUACAAAAGUUUUUUUGAAAACUAUUCUCACUUGUGUGAGCCCAGAGAAUACAAGACAAUGUUUGACAAGAACCACUCAGAAGACUUGAGAAAGUUUAGAGCCACUUGCAAGUCUUGGUCUGAAGAUAAGCCUCAAAGAAAUGGAGUCCGAAAUUUAAAGUUUUAAUGUUAGUAUAGCACAUUUAAUAGAGUAUUGUCUUUUUGAGAUCUCAUCAUGGGCUGUUGUAUUUCUAUGUCAAUAGUUGAAGUUCAAAAUUAUCAGAGCUCUCCUAUUUAUGGAAAGCUUAUCUCUCAAAGCAAGAUCAUAAUACUUAUAAAGGUUGUAUAUAUUAAACAGUAAGAUCAUAUUAAGUGUUACAUAUCAAAAAGCUCUUGCUUCAUUCCUGUAUUACUGAAAUGAUAUCAGAUUUUUAAUAAAAAAAAUAAAUUAUGAGCACAUUGGGACUAUUAAUUUUUCUGGAACUGUUUGAUCUGGGUUGCACAUAAAUCUGCCUAUUUUGAAGCCAUAUUAUUUUAUUGAGACAUUUCAUGGGACCAGUAUUUGUUGCAUUUGAUAUGAUUCAUGUGAUUUAUACCCUGUUCAUAUAUACUAACUUCUUUAUGAACACUGUUUAUUUUACAUAGCCCAUGUGGAGAACGAGAGUGCUAGAGUCAUGAGUGGUUAUUUAAGUGUGGGUGUGUUGGUGUAAGUGGUUUGUCUUGUUCUGAAGAAGAUAUUUAUUGUCAAGUUCGAUGUACACACAUGUUCAUUUAGAAUGGGCAAUGCUUGCUUGUGUAGCUGGUCCAACUUUUAGAAAUGAUUGAGUGUAAAAAAAAAAAGGUAUUUUAGUCAAUGACAACUUUGAGCCAAGUGUGAUAACUCGAAUGAAUGUUUGAGGUGUCUGUCUAAGUUUUAAAAUAUUUUUAGAUUGUAUCAUUUAUUGAAGAGCUCAAUAUAUUGGAAAGUUUUAUUCUAUAUAUUUGAAACAAAUAAAAUUUAAAACUAAAAAUAAUUGAAUUCUUUUUAAUUUUCUGUUUUAAAUUCAGUUUUUAGUUGAAAAUUAUUGUAACAGAUUUUUAAAAUGUUAUUUUGUUUGUUUUAAUUUAAUUACUGUAUUUUUCAAGUUUCUAUUUUUAUGUGCUCAGAUGUCUUAAAAAAACAAAACAGUACCAGUUAGAAUUGAAGUGUUGUGUAAGUCCUUGCUUUGUGCCAAUACAUGUAUUUACCUAUAAGUAUACCAGAUUUGUUGUGACAAUUCUGUAUCUUGCUCUAUUACAAUGCUCUACAAAUGCCAUUCUGUUCAUUAAGGAACAGAAUCCAAUUAAAAUGUAUAGAUGAUUGACUGAUAUACAUCUUUCCCAUCAGAGCCACACAAUUUAUUUUGUUUAAAUUAACUUUAUUUUUUUAUUUGUAAAUUUUGUAAAAAAAAAAUAAAAAAAUGUAUAUGCAUGGCUUCUAUUCUCAUGGACUUCAGCUUAGAAAACGUGUGUGAGUGUUGGUUUCUCAUUCUGUCCUACAGCUUAACCAGAUCUAGUUUUGAAAUCAAAGUAUUGACUGUCACAAAGUGUCAGUGAAGAAUCUGUUUUCAAGUUCUAUAUUAUUUACAGCUUGUCAAGUCCUAGUUAUGGCAAUGACUUGGCCAUGAAUGUUAUCCCAUGUUUCCUACAGAUCCAUACAUUUUGUUGUUUUGUCAUUGUGGGAACUCUUCCACUUACUUGUAGUUCACUUGAAAUGUAAUCCUUAGUCUGGGGGUUAAUGUAUUUCUUUAUGAAAGGGUCAAGUUAAACUUCAUUUUGUGCAGAUUUGUAUAUUAUUUUUGCUUCUUUUCUCUUUUAGUGUCAAGUAACAAUUAGUAGUGAAUAAAUUCUGGAUUUUAAAA